AUCAAAAUUCAAUAAAAACCGAAUAUUAUUUCUUUUUCCUUUCACUGAGAAAAAAAAGAUAGAGUUUCCAAUCGCAGUUGGCAAAAUCAGUGUGAAAAGAGAAGAAAAAGAAAUCAAAUUUUCCCUGAAAAGAAUGCAUUUUUCACAACCCAUUUCUCAUUUUUGUUUGAUGUUUCAGAUUUGAUCCAUUUUCUUGGAUCUUUGUUUCUUCUUCUUCUUACCAUUUUUCUUUUUCAAUUCUUGAAAAACUCAAAUUCUGUUUGCCAAUAAUAAAAAUCUGAUUUUGAGCCUAGCCCGCAUUAAUAUACUGAUAAUUCAAUUCUGGGUCGGUUUCAAUUUCAGAGAAAUUUCAUUUUUGUGUCAGGUUUGAAGGUUUCAAUGAAGCGGCAAUGAGGUGUGUGGAUAAGAAAUGGAGGUUAGAUCAGAGGGUAUACGUUUGAGGUUUUGGUUUGUUCGUUUGUGUUCAAGCAUUGUGCUUUGGAUUUGUUUGGUUCAGUUAGUGACAGUGACUGAACUAUGGCAUUCGCAUUUGAUUUCUGGGAUUACUAGUGGUAUAUAUAACAUUGCGCAAAUUCAGCUUCCCAAACAACCUGAAAAUGGUGUUGAUCAUUUGCCUCCUGUUUUUCUUCCUCCAAGAAAUUAUACAAGUAAUGGCUUUCUAAGAGUUUCAUGCAAUGGUGGCUUGAAUCAAAUGCGUGCUGCGAUAUGUGACAUGGUGACAAUUGCUCGAUUGUUGAAUCUCACAUUGGUCGUGCCUGAGCUUGAUAAGACAUCGUUUUGGGCAGACCCUAGUAAUUUUGAAGACAUUUUUGAUGUGAAGCAUUUCAUUGAUUCUUUGCGAGAUCAAGUUCGAAUAGUGAAACGAGUUCCUAAAAAGUUUAGUAGUAAAUAUGGAUAUACUAGCCUCGAGAUGCCUCCUGUUAGCUGGUCGAAUGAAAAAUAUUACUUGGAGCAGAUUCUGCCAGUUUUUAGAAAGCAUAAGGUGUUACACUUCAACAAAACUGAUACGCGUCUAGCUAAUAACGGUCUCCCACUUGAUCUUCAGAAACUCAGGUGCCGUGUCAAUUACCAGGCAAUUAAAUUCACUCCUCAAAUUGAGAAUUUGGGGCGCAGAUUGAUUCAGAUGCUUCAUGAGAAGGGACCUUUUGUGGCAUUGCAUCUUAGAUACGAGAUGGAUAUGUUGGCUUUCUCGGGUUGUACUCAGGGCUGCACGGAUAAAGAAGCCGAGGAGCUCAAAAGAAUGAGGUAUGCAUUCCCUUGGUGGAGAGAAAAGGAGAUAGUUUCUGAUGAGAGGAGAUCGCAGGGUCUAUGUCCUUUGACACCCGAGGAGGCGGCCUUAGUUCUUCAAGCCUUAGGUUUUGGUAGGGAGACACAGAUUUACAUUGCAGCGGGCGAGAUUUAUGGCGGUGAACGUAGGCUUGCACAACUAAGAGCAGCGUUUCCUAAACUUGUGAAAAAGGAAACGUUGCUAGAUCGUGAUGAUUUACAGUAUUUCCAGAAUCAUUCAUCUCAGAUGGCAGCCUUGGAUUUUAUGGUUUCAGUUGCUAGUAACACCUUUAUCCCUACUUACGAUGGCAACAUGGCAAGACUCGUUGAAGGCCAUCGCAGGUAUUCCAAUUUUCGAAAAACAAUCUUGUUGGAUCGAAAAAAGCUCGUGGAAUUGGUUGACAUGCAUCAAAACGGAACGCUAAAGUGGAACGAAUUCGCAGAUGGUGUGAAACAGGUUCAUGAAAAGAGAACUGUGAGGCCAACUCGGCGUACAGUUAUACUCGACAGACCGAAGGAGGAGGACUAUUUCUAUGCCAACCCUCAUGAGUGUCUGUGUGAAGAAACAAAUUGUGAUGACUUUCUAGGCCAUCACAACACUAGUAGUCAAGUAGCAUGAGUUAUGAGGAGCAAUCCCAAACUCUAUUUCUUUGCAAACCAUUCUAUUAAGAUCUAUAAGUAUACAAGAGUUUUGUAGGAAACCAAUGUAGCUUUCAAAAGUGUAAAAAAAUAUGGAAAUAUUUGUUCUUUUGAGGCUUGCAAAAACAUGGCCCUUCAUUUACAUUUUAUUAAUUACUAUUUUUUCUUC